AAGCAACAUCUAUGAUCUAUGAUUCCAAAACACGACUGCAGGGAAGGGAACUGUUUCUCCCGCCAGACUACAGAGAACGCUGUCGUAGUUUCAUCUGUGCGUGUGUCUGGAAGAGCGUAACACUGUCUCUCCCAAGUGAUCGUGAUUCUUUUUAUGAACGCAAAAUAAUUUAUAUCAGUCGCUAUUGGCCAAUUGAACCACCAGUGAUGUUAAGAACGCCCCAACGUCCGCCAACUGCUCCCGUCAUGUACUCGGGUGGUCUCACUCCCCACCAAGUGCAGACACUAGAGGCGGAGUUUGCCAAGAUGAAGACCCUUCACACCACAGACCUUGCGCUCCUAGCCGCUGAGAUGGCAGCCAAUGAGUCCGAUGUGCAGGCCUGGUAUCAUCAAAGAGUGGCAGCGUGGAGACGAGAACAAGGUCUUUCCGACUGUUUUGGUCAGAUUUAAGGACUAUUUAUUUAAAUACAUCAAGGGGAAAUAAUCUAUUUUACUCAGUGGUCUU